AUGAACGCUAUGCCGGAAGGUAAAAUGAGGCAUCGAGAAUGGCGAAAAUUGUUGAAGAAAAGGCGACGCAAAGCUAUUCGUCAAAAAGUCGCACAAGAGAAAGAACGGAUAGAAGCUGCUGCGGAGGAAGCUCGGAAAUUAGCUUGUCCAGCGUAUCAGCAGUAUCUUGCUGAGAAGGAGCGUGAAGAACAGAUUGCAGCACAACGCGAAGAAUUGGAACGCGCGCUUCAAAAUGCAAUUUGGUUAGAAAAAGAGCAUAAAUUUCAAAUAAGAUUCCAAGAAUUGCGCAAGAACGAAGAAGCGAAAGAACGCAAGGAACAAGAAAAAAGAGAAAAGAUACGGAAGGAGUUCGAAGAAUGUGAAAGUAAGAUAAAACAAGCCAAAGAAGAACAAUUAAAGCAAAAGGAACUGCUGCGCCGCAUGUUGCACGAGCGACAUGUUAAAUUGCAAGAAUUUGCAGCAACCGGUGCUGAAGAAUAUUUGAACGAACUUCAAAGCGUACACAAUACAAGGAUCGAUGCGGAGAAUUGUAAAUUCUUCCUGAAAACAGGCGCAUGUCGACACGGUUAUAGAUGUUGCGGGAAUCAUCCUACACCUGGCGUGAGUGCGCUCUUGUUGAUUCCUAACUUCUUCAGCCACCCUGCCCUGGAGCAGACGGUACAUGCCGAGUACGGCCAGGAUGCCCGUCUCGAGUUCGAUGAAGAUGAUUUAAGAAAUUGUUUCAACGAGUUCUUCCGUGACAUAAUUAUGGAGUUUGAAAUGUUUGGUAAAAUCAAACAUAUUUUUGUUUGUAGAAAUUCGGGACCACACUUAAGAGGCAGUGCGUACAUAGAAUAUGAAUUGUUGAGAAAUGCAGCUGCUGCAUAUUUGCGAAUGAACGGAAGAUUCUACGCUAAAAAACAACUUCACGUGGAAUUCAGGAAUCCAAUCGUGUGGCCAAUGGCGGUUUGCGGACUUUUCGAGCUUAAGCGAUGUCAUAAAGGAGCAGGAUGCAAUUUUUUGCACAUUCUCAAGAAUCCAGAUCACCGUUACGUGUACAAUCAUUUUCAGGAGAGUAGAUCGAUGCGGAAGGAAGAACUUGUGCACCUUGCAACGCCGCUAGUAGAAAAGUCGUGGGAUGAAAUAACAACAAAUCGUGGAGAGUCUACGAGGAAAGCUGCACAAUGGCGAUGGUCUGAAUCACCAGAAAUGGAAGAUGAGAAAUCAGAUCCUAAGAAGGAUGAAAAAAGAAAACAGCAUAAUGGUAGGAAUAGUGAACAUGCAUCUGAACGGUCAAGUUCUACGCCUAAACACAAUCGCAGUCCAUCUCGCAUUCGUAGUCGGAAUCGUGCUCGGAAUCGGAGUCGCAGUGGUAGUCGAAGCCAAAGUCGAAAUCGGAGCCGUUCUCAAAACGGGAAAAAUGAAAGACUAAAAGUGCACAAUUCUAAAAAUCGCUAUGACGAUGAUAAAAAUUACAACCGUAACAGAAAAACUGCACGACGAUCAUCUAGCGGUAGUCCUUCGCGACUUAGAUCCCGCACAACAAAGACAAACGAAAGAAGGGUCUAA